AUGGACGAGAGAGACGAAGCUAACGAUUCGAAUGGUGAAGGUUUGACCAAGAAACGAUUCUUCAGUGAAGAGUUAGAGUCGAACAAUGAUGCAGACACCAUACUUUUGGAAAAUCAGCAAUCAUUUUUGUUCCAAGCACCAGACUCGAACAAUGAACUUAAUGAGGACGCUUCAUCAGACUCCAAGGAGCUGCAGGAUAUGAUCCCGGGUCUUUCGGGCUCACAAGCAGCCAAUUUGCUUGCGAAAACAAGUGUAGACGAUGACAGGAACACGAGAAUCUCGAGCGCCGUUGAGAUGUAUUUUGGCAAGGAGCCCAGUCCAGAACCUACCAUUGAAUCUCCAGUCAAAACUAGACCAGCUGAGAAGGUCACAAACUUACUUUUCUCAAGACCCUCGCAAAAUGUCGUCCGCAAAAAAGUACGCGAUUAUGGCGAGAGGCUUCUGAAAAAACCUCGUCCCUCAGUCAAUUGGCGUCGCUUUAUUGGAUCGAUUCAGGUGAGCGCCUUGGCAACAAGGCCGACUGUCAAGCCUUUGAAAUAUGGGAGCGAACUUAAAAUUACCAAGAUAAACAGUGAAGGGUCAUCAAAAUUGUACAGUGCCAAUGGACGUAAAAGAGCUUCUAUGGCGAACUUUGUGCGACUUGUGGAUAUAGGAUUGGGUCGUGAAGUGGGUCGUGUUCCGGAAGAAGUGGCGAUGAUUUUAUUUCCUCUUCUGGACGACGACGAAUUGGAUUUCGAAGCAACCAUGAUUUAUUGUAACAACAAAAGACUUAGCGUCGGGGACUCAUUCAUAAUACAGCUCGAUUGCUUUUUGACUUCUGUGGUAUUUGAGAGAAAUGUCGCGGGCAGCGAAAGGGCUACAACUAGCGCGCUUAAUACCGAAAGGCGUGCCUUCUCUACAAAUGUUGUGGAAAAUGGAGAAGAGCUGCUGAUGAAAUCGAGACGUCUGGCUCUUCUAUCAUUGUUCGACAAAGUUCAACUACGACCCAUAGCGCUAGGACCUGAUGAGACUCCAGAAAGUACACCUGAGGCGACAGAGGUCAUCGAUCUCGACGAAGGUGACUGUGAGGGCCUUGUUGCUUCUGAAACUGAUGCAUUGCAUUCAACUCAAAUUCAGGAAGACAUUUUGAAUGUGAAUCAGUUGAAAUCGCUCUACAAAGCCACUUUGUCAAUGGAGUCGUCUAAACAUUUACCCGAAACGACACCCCGCCCAGAAGUUUUUAACCUAGAGCUCCGAGGGUAUCAAAAGCAGGGUCUUACCUGGCUUCUGCGACGUGAGCGAGAAUUUGAUGAAGUGCCUGACUCGGCUGCGGCAUCCCAAGACAUUGAAGGGAGCAUGAUGAAUCCCUUGUGGAAGCAGUUUAGAUGGCCAAAAGAUUUAUCAUGGGCUGCGCAAAAGAUUGAAAAUAGUCCCGUCGCUUCUCAGGAUGACGAAUUUUUUUAUGCCAAUUUGCAUACGGCCGAGUUCUCUCAAGAGAAGCCGAUCCUCAAGUCGCUAUUGAAAGGCGGAAUUCUCGCUGAUGAAAUGGGUCUCGGUAAAACUAUAAGCAUAUUGUCGAUGGUUCUCACGGUGCCGUUUGAUAAAAAAUAUCUGAAGCCAAAACUUUUCGAAGACCCGCCCGACGCAGAACAUUCCAAUUCGCAACUUCUCUCUCAAUCACCUGAGCAUACCAAACCUUACGCAUCCGGUACCACCUUAAUAGUGGUACCAAUGUCUUUACUAUCACAAUGGCAGCAAGAAUUCGACAAAUCAUCUGCGGCUAAAAAUGCCCACUGUGAAAUAUACUAUGGAGGGACUACAGGAAGUUUGAGAACGUUGUUAACGAGGAAUAAGAACCCUCCUGUAGUUCUCUUGACAACUUAUGGAACAGUGCAGCAUGAAUGGAGCAGACUUGUGACUAACGGGGUUGCGCAUGUGGAGGAUGACACAGCAGGUCUUUACUCUGUGGAGUUUUUCCGAAUUGUUAUCGAUGAGGGCCACACGAUCAGGAACAGGAAUACGAGAACAUCUAAAUCGCUGGUUGAUCUCUUCAGCUCAAGAAGAUGGAUUCUUACAGGAACCCCAAUCAUAAAUCGUCUUGACGAUUUAUAUAGUUUGGUAAAAUUCAUGCGACUGGAGCCAUGGUCCCAGGUUGGAUAUUGGAAAUCGUUUGUUUCUGAGCCAUUCGAGAAGAGAAAUUAUAAAGGCGCUUUUGAUGUCGUAUCCUCCGUUCUUGAGCCAGUAAUUUUACGGAGGACUAAACAGAUGCGCGACGUGGAUGGAACGCCAUUGGUCGAGCUCCCUCCGAAAGAAGUCACUAUUGAAAAGGUCAACUUCAACAGACAUGAGGAUGCACUCUACAAAUAUUUUCUGAAUAAAGCCGAGAGCUCCGUGAAGGAGGGUCUGGAUAGAGGCGAUUUGCUCAAAAAGUACUCCACAAUCUUGGUUCACAUUUUGAGAUUGAGGCAAGUGUGCUGCCAUGCCGAUCUGCUUGGAUCACAAGAUGAAAAUGAUGAAGAUCUAGCUGGUAAUAAAAUGCUCACGGAGAACUUCAACACAGAAAAGGCGCUUUCAAAUGAAGCUGCUUCCAACAUUGCGAUUAGCGACGAUGAGGCCAACGUUAUUUUGGGUAAAAUUAGAGAGAAAUUCCCUACCAGUGACAGUUUUAAAACGCUGGAGUGUUCCAUUUGCACAGCAGAGCCCAUAGAACCGGUGAAGCAGAUUGUGCUUACCGAAUGUGGUCAUGCAUUUUGCGAAAUGUGCAUAUUGGAAUACAUUCGCUUCCAGUCUGAAAGACAACAGCAAAUCAAAUGUCCGAACUGCCGCUUUGAGGUCGACCCUAAGCGGUUGGUGUCAAUUCAAGAAUGCUCCGAUGGAGAAUUGAAGCCAGUGCUUUACGACACAGGAUCCAAAUCUUCGAAGAUCACUUCGUUGAUGAAAAACUUGAAGCGACUACAAGACGCAUGUCCCGGUGAACAAGUUGUUGUCUUCUCGCAGUUCUCGUCUUUUCUGGACAUAAUGGAAAAAGAGCUGUCUGCUUCUUUCCCGAAAUCGGAAUUGAAGGUAUACAAAUUUGAUGGAAGGCUGUCUAUGAAGGAACGUUCAAAGGUUCUCACUGAUUUCGCAGAAAAGGAUCUAACAAAAUUGAAGGUUUUAUUAUUGUCCUUAAAGGCUGGAGGCGUUGGUUUGAAUUUAACAUGUGCCUCUAGGGCGUUCAUGAUGGAUCCAUGGUGGUCGCCAAGCUUGGAGGAUCAAGCAAUUGAUCGUAUACAUCGCAUUGGUCAAAGAAAUGAUGUUAAAGUGGUCAGGUUUAUCAUGGAGCAUAGUAUCGAAGAAAAAAUGUUACGGAUACAAGAGAGAAAGCGCUCGUUGGGUGAGGCGGUUGACGCAGAUGAGGACGAUCGGAGAAAGCGUAGAAUAGAAGAAAUUCAAAUGCUUUUCGAGUAG